CAUUGUUCUUCGACUACCAAAACCCUAGUCAACCUUUCUCUGUUAUCUCCAUCUCUACGGCUUCAGUGUGCAAACAUGGCAGCGGGGGAUCGAGCUGUUCUGCAGUUUGUUCCAUCGUCGAUGAGUUUGUCCGCGAAGAUUCACCCUGUAGUGAUCUUCAACAUCUGCGAUUGCUACGUUAGACGCCCGGAUCAAGCGGAGAGAGUCAUAGGAACUCUUCUUGGUUCGAUCUCCCCCGAUGGAACCGUUGAUAUUCGGAACUCUUAUGCGGUUCCCCACAACGAAUCUUCUGAUCAGGUUGCACUGGAUAUUGAUUAUCAUCAUAAUAUGCUGCUGUCUCACCAAAAGGUGAAUCCGAAGGAAGUCAUUGUUGGAUGGUAUUCAACCGGGUUUGGUGUGUCAGGGGGUAGUGCUUUGAUCCAUGACUUCUAUUCGAGAGAAAUACCAAAUCCACUUCAUUUGACUGUUGAUACGGGGUUCAAGAAUGGGGAGGCCAGUAUCAAAGCUUUUGUUUCUCUCAACUUGUUUCUUGGAGAUCGACAACUUGCUGCACAAUUUCAAGAAAUUCCUUUGGAUCUGAGGAUGGUUGAAGCCGAGCGGGUUGGAUUCGACAUUUUAAAGACAACAAUGGUAGAGAAGAUGCCCAGUGAUUUGGAAGGUAUGGAAGCCUCAAUGGAGCGGCUGCUUGCUCUCAUAGACGAUGUCUAUAAAUACGUAGACAAUGUUGUGGAAGGUCGUGUUCCUCCGGAUAACAACAUUGGGAGAUUCAUAUCAGAUACUGUAGCUUCUAUUCCAAAAAUGUCACCAGCAGGUUUUGAUAAACUUGUAAAUGACAGUUUACAGGACGAUUUGCUAUUGCUUUACCUGUCAAGCCUCACAAGGACACAGCUUAGCCUAGCAGAGAAGUUGAACACGGCUGCUCAGAUCCUGUAACUUGAUUCACUACACCAUCAGUGAAAGGAAGUAGGUUUGACCCCUUUUUAUCCAGUGUCUUUGUUAAAGACAUUGUUUAUCUUUGUCCAAUUACUAGGAAUGCGGGCAUUUUCAUUUC